GCGGAGGGGUAGGCUGCGCGGGAGGCCGAGAGGGGGCAGCAGGCGAUGGCGGCGGCAACGGCGGGUCGGCUAAGCUGGUUGCUCGCCGCGUUCUGCCUGGGCAACGCCGCCGCGGAGGCGGCGCCGGGUCCUCGAGUGCUGGGCGUCUGUCUGGAAGAGGACGGAGCGGCAGGCGCGGGGUGGGCGCGAGGAGAGGAGGUGCGGACUGCUCCGGAGGCCACCUUCCGCUUGCGCCUCUUCGGGUCGGGCUUAGCCAACAGCUCCUGGUCCUGGGUGGCCCCCGAGGGGGCGGGCUGCCCAGAGGGCGGGCCGGUCGCAGCUCCAGAUGAGGCGGCGGCCCCGACGGGCGAGUGGCGUGCGCUGCUGCGCCUGCGCGCGGAGGCCGCGCAUUCGCACUCCGCGCGGCUGGCAGUGCGUGGGGAGCCGGGCGGCGCGGCGGCCCCCACGGGCGAGUGGCGUGCGCUGCUGCGUCUGUGCUCUGAGUCCGCGCACCCGCACUCGGCGCUGUUAGCCGUGCGUGUAGAGCCGGGCGGCGAGGCGGCCGAGGAGGCGGCCCCGCCCUGGGCAGUGGGCCUGGGGGCGGCGGGGUUGCUGGCGCUGGCGGCUCUGGCGCGGGGCCUGCAGCUGAGCGCCCUGGCGCUGGCGCCGGCCGAAGUGCAGGUGCUGCGCGAGAGCGGCUCGGAGGCGGAGCGUGCGGCGGCGCGGCGUCUGGAGCCCUCCAGACGCUGGGCCGGCUGCGCCCUCGGGGCGCUGCUGCUGCUGGCUAGCCUGGCUCAGGCUGCGCUGGCGGUGCUACUGUACCGCGCGGCUGGCCAGCGCGCCGUGCCCGCCGUGCUGGGCAGCGCGGGGCUCUUGUUCCUGGUGGGCGAGGUGGUGCCAGCCGCCGUGAGCGGACGCUGGACGUUGGCGCUGGCUCCGCGCGCGCUUAUUCUCAGCCGCUUGGCCGUGCUGCUCACUCUGCCUGUGGCGCUCCCGGUGGGCCAGCUGCUGGAACUGGCCGCGCGGCCUGGGCGGCUGCGGGAGCGCGUGCUGGAGCUGGCGCGCGGCGGUGGCGACCCCUACAGCGAUCUCAGCAAGGGCGUGCUGCCCUGCCGGACCGUGGAGGACGUGCUCACGCCCCUCGAGGACUGCUUCAUGCUGGACGCCAGCACCGUGCUGGACUUCGGCGUCCUGGCCAGCAUCAUGCAGAGCGGUCACACGCGCAUCCCCGUGUAUGAGGAGGAGCGCUCCAACAUCGUGGACAUGCUCUACCUCAAGGACUUGGCCUUUGUGGACCCCGAAGACUGCACGCCACUCAGCACCAUCACUCGCUUCUACAAUCACCCACUCCACUUCGUCUUCAACGACACCAAGCUGGACGCCGUCCUGGAGGAGUUCAAGCGAGGGAAGUCCCACCUGGCCAUCGUGCAGAAGGUGAACAACGAGGGCGAGGGUGACCCCUUCUACGAGGUACUGGGCCUGGUCACCCUGGAGGACGUCAUCGAGGAGAUCAUCAAGUCUGAGAUCCUGGACGAGUCUGAAGAUUACCGAGACACCAUAGUGAAGAAGAAGCCAGCCUCUCUGAGCGCCCCCCUCAGGCAGAAAGAAGAGUUCUCCCUGUUCAAGGUGUCUGAUGACGAAUACAAAGUGAAAAUCUCUCCGCAGCUACUCCUGGCCACCCAGCGCUUUCUCUCCCGAGAGGUGGAUGUGUUCAGCCCACUGCGGAUCUCCGAGAAGGUCUUGCUUCACCUGCUGAAGCAUCCCAGUGUCAACCAGGAAGUGAGAUUUGAUGAGAGCAACCGCCUGGCUGCACACCACUACCUGUACCAGCGCAGCCAGCCCGUGGAUUAUUUCAUCCUCAUCCUGCAGGGCAGGGUUGAGGUGGAGAUCGGGAAAGAGGGCUUGAAGUUCGAGAAUGGGGCCUUCACCUAUUAUGGAGUGUCUGCCCUGGCGGCGCCGUCCUCCGUUCCCCAGUCCCCGGUGUCCUCGCUCCAGUCCGUCCGCCAUGACCUGCCACCCGAGCCCGCCGAUGGCACCCGCUUGUCUGCGUAUUGUCCCGACUACACCGUGAGGGCCCUCUCUGACCUGCAGUUCAUCAAGGUCACACGGCUGCAGUACCUCAAUGCACUCCUGGCCACCCGAGCCCAGGCCCUGCCGCAGCCCUCUGAGAACGCAGACCUCCAGACCAUCCCAGGCAGCCAGACCCGGCUCCUUGGUGACAAGGCUGCCACAGCAGCAGGGUCCAACCACAGCAGACCCGGGCUCCCAGUGGAGGAGAGCCCCGGCCGGAACCCGGGCGUUUAACCGCUUGCCAGGAGCCCCAGGUCUGGGGAACAGAUAAGCACGUGGGGAACCGGAGCGAGCCAAGGAGUGGCCUCCUGCCAGCCCGUCCCCCGUCCCCUGCAGGCCACGUUUUAGAUGGCCUUCAUGUGUGGGUCCUGGCAGUCCUCAGAACCAGACAUCAGUGCCAGGAGCCUUCAGCAGGUCCUGCCCCCCUUAAGGAGAUGGGCUCAGCUGGGACCCGCCGUCCAGGUUGCUUCUGAACAGAAUGAAAGGAACAGCAUCAUCUCCAGUCCCCAGGGGCCAGCCUCCCUGUAACAGUGCAGUGUAUUAUACCUCUUCUGGCCAAGCCACAGUGCACGAUGACUGCCUUUAUGUGGCUGUGACCUGUACUCUCUUUGCUUUUAAUUUGCCAACCUUCUGCUGCUGGCAGCACUUUUUUGAGUGAACCAAGAGCACCGGUGUGGGCUGGGGGGUUCACAUCCACGGCCUGGCCUACAGGGACCUUUUCAGCUUCUCUUAUGGUGCCAUGCUUCAGAGUGUGCACUUAGCCUGUCCCAUGUGCCAAACCUGAAACAGGUCUGUCCCACCAGGCCCGCUGCCUCCUGUGGAGGUGGCUUUUUUGAUCCCAGCCCCAGCCCUGAGUGAGCAUGCUGGCCCUGGUGGGGCCGAGGAGCCUGCUCUUCCUGCUGCUCCUCUGCCUGCCUGGAAUUGCCACUAACAGUAUUGUCAUUUUCUGUGUUUAAGAAGAGGUCACAUGUGAGAGGAAGGGAUGGUUCUGCUGCACCUAAUCCUUUCUUCGUUGUUGGAUCCCAGAGAGGGUAGCCAUCAGCCCUGUUUCACACCUUCCCCCUGAGGCCCAUGGGUUGGGGGGGGCGUGUGGCUGUCUAGUGCAUGGACUGCAGAGAGGGAGGCAGGGUGGUUCGGGGACCAGGUAGAUCCCCAUCACCUUUCCUAAAAAAACAUGAAAUCAGAGUUUCCUUAUAUCUCUGAAACAUUUCAAGCCCCUUGCUUUUUUCUUUUUCUAGCUGUGGGGUUUUAGAGAAGUGGGAACAAGAGGGCAUUCAUCUCAUCUUCUGGUUCACCUUCAUUCACCUUGCACAGUUCUUCAGCUGCGUAGAAACUGGGGCAUCACAGGGACCUAGGUAGGAUAGGGAGGGAGGAGGAUUUCUGGAAACUUUCUCAAAGGAUUUUGAGUUAUUAUCCAGGCUCAAUGGGAACGAAGGCCAAAAAACAGCAUGCUCACUUUAGAAAUUGUUCUCAAGGAAUUCUCUCCAAGAGCAAACCCAUCUAUCUCCAGAAUAGUGGUUCCUAACUUUGGCUGCACAUCGGAAUCACAUGGCAAAUAAAAAAAUGAUCCCUGGGGCCCACCCCCUGGGGAGUGUGAUUUUAAUCAGCUGGGCGCCAGGGUUUUAUUUUUAAAAAUAAUUUUAGAUUCACAGAUCACAUCCCCUUCACAUCAGCUUCCCAGCUUCACAUGACAUAAUCCUGAUACUAAAAAAUCAAUGUUGGCACAGAACUAUAAACUAAAUUACACUUACUUGGAUUUUUAUCACUUUUUCCAGUAAUGUCCCUUUUCUGUUGCAGGAUCCACUUAAGGGUACCAUGUUGCAUUUAGAGCUUUUGCUUUUUUUCCUCUAACUUUUUAUUUUGAAAUAAUUAUAGAUUCAUUAGGAAGUUGCAAGGAUGGAGGUCCCAUGUGCCUGCCACCAGGUUUUCCUCAGUGGCCACGUCUUACAUAGGUACAGUGAUGUCUCAGAACCAGAGAUCUCCAUGCUGGCUCAGUGUGGGUGUGUAGUUCUAGAGCAACUUAGCACAUGUAGAUUUGCAUAACCACCACUGCCCUCUACAGAACUGUUCCUCACCAGGAUCCCCUCCAACAGACCCUUUUAGAGCCAUACCUACCCCCUCUGGCCACCAUCCCUAAUCCCUGGCAACCACUAAUCUGUUCAUCAUCUCUAUAAUUUUUGUCACUUCAAGAAUGUUGUAUAAAUGGGAUCCCAUAGUAUGUAACCACUGGGACUGGCUUUUUUCCAGUGUAAUGUUUCCUAAGUGUAAUGUUCUGGAGUCUCCUGCAGGCUGUGUGGGUGCCAGUCGUUCACCCCUUUCUGACUGCUGGGUGCUGUUCCGUCAUGGGCUCCUGUCCUAUCUAAGGACAUCUGGGUGGUUCCCGGGUUUUGGUUAUUCCAAAUAAAGCUGCUAUGAACAUCA